AUAAUUUAUCACAAAAUAUAAAAAUUUUGUUGGUAAACGCGCCCCCUCAAAUUAAAUCAAAACGAGAAAGUACUUUUGGGGACCAAAUUUUUUCAUGGAAGCUUUUUACUUCUUCUUCUACCUUCCUCUUCUCAUUCUAGUUCUUCACAUCUUAACUGAUCAAAUCCUCCAUAAGCUUCGAAAUCUCCCGCCGACCCCUUUUCCGGCAAUCCCAUUUCUAGGCCAUCUCUAUUUGCUCCAAGAACCAGCCCACGUAUAUCUAUCCAAACUCGCCAAAAAAUACGGCCCGGUUUUUUCCCUGAAGCUCGGUCGAGUUCACGUCGUCGUUGUAUCAUCUCCAUUAGCAGCCGGAGAUUGUUUCGUUAAGAAUGACAUCAAUUUCGCGAACCGGCCGAGGUUUCUGUACGGCAAAUACUUCGGGAACGACUACACCAGCCUCGUUUGGUCGCCGUACGGUCAACGCUGGAGGAACCUCCGAAGGAUUUCGACAAUUGAGAUAUUCUCGUCCAACAAGAUUCAGUCUUUGUCCGCAAUUCGGGCCGACGAGGUGCAUUCCCUAAUUCGGAAACUGUUUCGGGUUACGGUCGAAGAUCCGGGUCGGUUAGCUGAUAUGAGGACGGCUUGUUUUGACCUCACUUUCAACGUGAUGACGAGGAUGAUUGCCGGGAAAAGGUAUUACGGAGAGAAUGUGGAGAAUUCGAAAGAAGCCAAAGCUUUUCAUGAGAUUUUGAAUGGGAUAACGGAGUUGACACCGAAGGCAAGCAUGCUUGAUUUCUUGCCGUUUAUGAGAUGGUUUGGAGCAAAUGGAGUGGAAAAUCAAAUGAAGAUUGUGCAGGAGAGAAGGGAUACGUUUAUGCAGGACUUGAUUGACGAACAUCGGAAAAUUGAUUAUGAUUCAGGGAUUAAGAACAAGACGAUGAUGAAGGUAUUGCUGGCUUUGCAGGAAACAGAUCACGAUUACUAUUCAGAUGAAUCCAUAAAAUACCUCAUGGCGGAACUACUUCAAGCUGGAUCAGACACAACUGCAAGUACAAUGGAGUGGGCAAUGGCGCAUUUGAUUGACAAUCCUAAUCUUCUACAGAAAGCUCAGGCCGAAAUUGACGAUGUCGUAGGACAAGAGCGUUUGAUUGCGGAAAAUGAUCUUCCUCGACUUCCUUACAUUCGUUGCAUAAUCAAUGAGACUUUACGUUUGCAUCCAGCGUCACCAUUACUAGUUCCUCACGAGACAUCCGAAGCCUGCAUUGUUGAAGGAUUCAAAAUCCCGGCGAAAACCGUCAUUUUCGUGAACGCAUGGGACAUACAUCGUAAUCCAAAGUACUGGGACGACCCCGAAAAGUUCAUGCCUGAAAGAUUUGAAGGCUUAGAACUUGGUGGUGGCAAUGGUGGAAAGGCAGAGGAGUUGAAGUUUAUACCAUUUGGUUCAGGGAGAAGAGGAUGUCCUGGAAGUAACUUGGCAAUGCAUGUGUUGGGUUUGGCAUUGGGCUCACUGAUCCAGUGUUUCAAUUGGGAGAUUGAAAAUGGAAAAUUUAUGGACCUAAGUGAAGGAAUUGGGGCUCCAACUUAUAAGGCUCAGCCUUUGGAAGCUAAGUGCUAUCCUCGGUCCAAUAUGUUAAAACUUCUAUCCCACCUUUGAUUUACUACUGUUGAUAGUUGAUACUUGAUAGUGUUAAUACACUCAGACGCAAGCUUAUGAUGUGACAUAAGUUGACAUUGUAUAAAGAUUUCUUGCAACUUUUUAAGAGCAGUACAUAUAAUUUAUGUAAUUGAGAUAGAGUCUACCAUAUUUGAGUUUAUGAUUAUUGUUGUUAUCCUUUUGAACCAUGUUAGCAC